AUGGCCGACACCGACGUGACCAUGCCGGACGCAGACCAAAAGCCUGUGGCGACCUCUCUGGGCAUAGACUACGGCACAUCCAGUGACAAGAUCGCAUUCCAACUGGCCCUCCAUGGGGUGUUCGACAAGACGGUCAAGCUGUUAGUCUUCGAUGGAGGCGAGACUGAGCUCCCAGCCAGUGUGGCCUGGUACGACGGCGAAUUCUUCUGUGGAUUCGAAUUGCAGAGGAUGAUUCGGAACGAGGAGAUUCCUGUACAAAAUGUCAUACAGUGCCUCAAGAUGGCUAUUCACGAAGAGGCGGAGGACGUCCCUCUCGAACACCGCUCAUCGCAGUCAAAGCACACACUCGCGCAGCUGAAUGUAAGCGGGAAGACCUUACAAGAGACCCUCAACGCUCACAUGAUAGCAAUCAUCGCCAUCGCCGAGAUCGCUCUGCGCAAGAGCCCCUACUUCCGCCUUCUGGAGAUCGACACUGAGACUGUCGAAAUCGAAUUCUCUGCUCGGCUAUCUGUACCUCAACAGUGGACGAUAGCAGGCCGCAAGAUGAUGUCCGACGCAGCAGCAGCUGCUGGCAUCGAGAACAUACCGCUUGCAUCUGAGCCACAGUGUUCGCUCGCUGCAUUACUGGAUGCGGCCAGCAAAGUCGAAUUCGGUCUCGAGCUGUGCAAGCUGAAGCAAGGCAGCAAGAUCAUCGUCAACGAUCUCGGCUGUGGCACAAGCGACGUUGUCCUGUACGAGCUGAUGGAUGACAUGGGAAUCCACAGCCGUCUCGAAGCCAAGACCAAGAGCGCAGGGAACCAAUAUGGAUCACAAGAAAUCAAUGAGAUAGUCUACCAGGUCAUCCUCGACGAAAUCAAGAAGGCUGGAAAGACGUUGGAGGACAUUUGUGGUAGAAUGGGCAUCACGCUCAGCGAUUUCCGCUGGCACGCGCUUGCUGGCAUCGAGGAGACAAAGAUGCAGUAUCCUGGAAAGAAGCUCUACUCCGUGUCGAUUCCCCGCAGCAAUGGCACUCUGAAGCAUUUCGACUUUGAUCAGUCCGUUAUGGAAGGUGCCCAGAAAGCGGUCAUUCAAGAGAUUCUGGCACUGAACGAGCACGUUCUGGCACGUGAAGGUCUGCCAGAUGUGAAGCCUGAUGCAGUAGUUACGGUCGGCGGUCACGCAUCCAGCAAGUCACUGCGUCAAGCGUUCCUGGACUACUACAAUCCGAAAGGCAUCGACGUCUUCGGCCCAAAUGACUUCAGCAAGGCGAACUGCUUGACUCUGGUCGCUACUGGUGCUCUGUCCGAUCGCUACCCACAAAUUGCCGCGCAGGCACUGCCCACGAACAAAUACGCCUUCGCCUUCCUCCUAGAUCAAAAGUACAACCGAGCUGACCACACCGACUGCCAGAAGAUCAUGACCAGGUACGGCAAGGAGUAUCGGACAAUGAAUUACGACAAAGUCAUCAAGACAGUCAGAACCGAGUGGAACAGUGUGUCCGAGACCCGCAUCUACUAUGCUCCUGACCGGAUCGUCAACGUCAUCCGCAAGGGCGAGACCGAGGUUUUGGAAGAGGAAGGAUGGCGCCAGCAAUACGAUGUCCCCUCUGACGACGACCCAGUCAUUCAUGCGCGCUUCGUAUACAUGACCGGCAAUCUCAAGUCGGGAGCGCCGGCCCGCGACAAUUCGGUGGAGAAGAUCGGCGAACUUCGCCAGGGGGUAUUUGCACUCGCAAAGGUAACGGCACGGGUAAGCAAGGAGCUCUUAAAGCAGAAGGACGUCCCCUUGUGUAAGAUUAGCGGGGUAAAGGGGCUUUACUUCUCUUUUGAGGCGACUAUGAAGGUGAAGUACGAAGGCGAGAAGGAGAUCACCGUCGGGUGGGAGAUUCACACGCCGAAGGGGAUAAUUUUCGUGGCGGGUGGGCAGAGCGUUUGGGAUGGGAAGCGUUCUCUCUUGGUGGGGGAUCAGGACCACGUGGAUACUACUCAGCAAUAA